AUGCAAUCUCUCAUCUGUGAUCAGAGAGUAGAACUUUGCGCUCUUCAUGAAAAAGUUAGUUCCCUGGAAGUAUUUGUCAAGAACUUUGAGAAAAACAAUGUUUCUGGGGAAAUGACAGAUUUUGAAGUAGAGGUAAAAGAAGUUGCAAGUGCUGCUGAACACGCAAUUCAACUAAGUGUAACAGAAGUUGUACUGGGAGAAAAUAAAAGCCAGAAAAAAAAGGCGCAUCGAAGGUUUCAUCAAAGCCUUCAACAAGUAGCAAAGGACAUGGAUCGUAUCUGGACAGGGUCGACAAAGAUCCAGGAUAAAGGCAAACAAGUAUCAAAGGAAUCAUUGGUUCAUGAUUUUUCAAGUUCAACAAACGAUAUUCUGAAGGUUAAGAACAAUAUGGUUGGACGUGAUGAUCAAAUGAAACUGUUGUUAAAAGAUCUGACUAGAAGCUGCUCUGAUGAACCCAAAGUCAUCCCGAUUGUCGGGAUGGGAGGCAUAGGUAAAACAACCUUGGCGAAAGAAGUUUACAAUCAUAAACCAAUUCUAUGCCAUUUUGAUGUUCAUGCCUGGGCUACCGUAUCUCAACAGCACAACAAAAAGGAAAUUUUGCUGGGCCUUCUGCAUUCCACAAUCAAAAUGGAUGACACGGUUAAGAUGAAAAGUGAAGCAGAGCUAGCAGACAAGCUGCAGAAAAGUUUAAAGAGAAAGAGGUACUUAAUUGUCUUGGAUGAUAUCUGGAGUUGUGAAGUGUGGGAUGGUCUGACACAAUGUUUUCCAACUGAAGACAAUGCAGGGAGUCGAAUACUGUUGACUACCCGUAACAAUGAAUUAGCUUGUUAUGCUGAUACAGAGAAUCUUUCUUUGUGGAUGAACUUUAUGGAUCAAGAUGAGAGUUGGAGUUUUUUCAAAAGUGCAGCAUUUUCAAGUGAAGCAUUACCAUAUGAGUUCGAGACUGUUGGGAAGCAAAUCGCAGAUGAAUGUCACGGGUUACCACUAACUAUUGUCGUGGUUGCUGGACUUCUCAAAUCUAAAAGGGCAAUAGAAGAUUGGGAAAGUGUUGCCAAAGAUGUCACGUCAUUUGUCACAAAUGAUCCUGAUGAGCAAUGUUCACGUGUGCUUGGGUUGAGUUAUAGUCACUUGACCAGCGAUCUAAAAACGUGUCUUCUGUAUUUUGGAACUUUUCCGGAAGACACUGAGAUUCCAGUGAAGCAUUUGAUGAGGUUAUGGAUGGCUGAGGGGUUCCUGAAUUCAGAAAAAGACUUGGAAGGAGAGGCUGAGAA